ACAGAGGGCGUCUCUGGAUCAAUGUACCAAAAAAAGGGCGUCUGUGGAUCAGCUCUGUUCACCUCUAUUCAAACUCCAAAAAUUCAUCUCUGGAGCAGCUCGAGGAAUCAUCAGUCUCCGACGCGGUUCCUCGACCAGUUUACCCACAACGACGACCCAACGGUUUUCGGUCUUCUGGCAAUCUCCCGGGGUCGGAUUGGUUGUUUUGGCAUCGCCUUGACUUGGUCGUUCUCUGUAUGCUCUUUGUUUCAUCAAACGAGCUUCGAUAACAGAGAAUCGAAGGAGAGAAUGUAGCGGCUUUUCCGGCGGGUUCUUCACUGUCCGGGAACUUUAUGGCGUCGCGGUGGCAGCAGUGACUUCUUCUCGACGUUGCGGGCUCCUCUGUGUUGUUUGUUUUUCAAAGCUCUGUCUCUCUCUGUUGGAGUUUUCUCAUCACUCUAUGUCUAUCAGAUCUGGUUCUGCAGAAGACGCAUUUACUGACCGGAUAUGCAAUGGGCACAAUGAUUACAUACUUGACUAGUGUAUGGAAGUUAAAUCUCACAGAUGCUGCCGCUGUCGUCAAUGUGUAUGCCGGCGCAGUGGCCGUAAUGCGACUGGGCAUGCUUUUUGUUGUUGAUACUGUAAUCGGUAACUAUUGGUUGAUCAUACUCUCCGGUUGUGCUUACACCAUGGGGUUUUUCCUCUUGACCAUGUCAACACCACCAGUUCUUUAUAGGGCAACAGGCACUUGUGGAGCAUAUGAGGCCGAGUGCAUUGGCAAAGUACAAAAGAUUCUCUUUUACACAGCCUUAACUCUAAUAGCUUUGGGAGCCUCUGGUCGCUUUAUGGUUCGUGCAUUCAGAGAAGAGCAGUUGAUCAAGCCACUAUUAGAAGGCGCCAAAAAAAUGAAGUUCUUUGCUCUGUCAGUGUGCCCUAAGAAAGUAAGGUUGCUGUCAUUUCAAAUUCUGGUCUCCACCCUGGUACUCGGGACAACUGCUUAUUUAAAGCCUUGGUCGCUUAGGUUUGGGUUCCCUGCUAUAUUUACCUUGCUUGCAACAAUUACUUUAUUGACAAGUACUAUACGUCCACACAAAGCACAAAGGAACCUUUUCACCAGGGAAGAAAUCAGAAGCAUCUUGCGCAUGAGCCCUAUAUGUAUUUUCCUUAUUCCAAUUGGUGUUGUAUCGUCUCUUGGAAAUACUUAUUUCACUGAACAAGCAAGCAAGAUGAAUCACAGGGUUGGAUCCUUAAAGGUUUCUGUUCUUUUCCUUUUAGUGCCCCGAAGUUUGGUCAGAAAAUGGUUUAGCCAAUCAAAAUAUUGUGCUAAUAAGAUUAUUACUCCAAGAAUUGGGAUAUCAUUGUCGAUGGCAUUGGCGAUUCUAUGUUGUAUCACAGCUGCAUUAGUGGAAAACAGAAGGUUGGGCGUGGUUAAGAGACAUGGUUUACUUAACAAGCCCGAUGAGACAGUUCCCAUGACCAUGUUAUGGUUGCUUCCACAGUUUCUUCUCGUUGGAGGCGUUUCUGGGCUUUCCGAGAAGUGCAUUGCUCUUUUCUACACUGAUGUGGUGCUUCACUGGCCGAAAACAGAAAAAGAUGUCGAUAUACAAGCAAAGGACAAACCCAAUUCCAAAGAACAAAACAUUAAGUCCCCCAUGGAACAGGCAAACGAAACACUCAAGCCUACAGAAAAGAAUGAUGAGGACCCCAAUCAGGCAAAACAAGAAACAAAGAGUACAGAAAAAGAUGGUGAGGGGCACAUUGAUCCCGAAAGGGCAAAACAAAAAUCCAAGCGUCAAUACAUAGAGUUUUUUGUUGAUGCUCUUGAGGGAAUGGGAAAUAUAGGCAGUGUGGUGUUGGUCUAUGUAGUGGGUGAAAUAAAACAUACUUGGUUCCAAGAAACGGUAAACCGAAGUCAUUUGGAUAAUUAUUACUGGACUUUGGCUGCAUUGACUGCAGCUAAUUUGAUAUUGUUUAUUCCAGUAAUAUUCUACCUGUUGAGGUCAAAGAAAUUCACUGCAUUGUUUGCGUAAUUUAGUCCUGAAAAUUGU